AUGGAGAUUUUUACAUGUAAAUACGAAAAUAAUGAAAAUGAGGCGAUAAUAGAAUUUUGUGUUAAUUAAACAUGUUAGAAAUCGAGCUAAUAUUGUUACAAAUGCUUAAUGACAAUGCAUUCAGAUCAUCAUGAUGAUUGUAUCAGAUUUAAAAACCUUACUGAUUUAAUAAAUGAAUAUAUUUCAUUUUAAGGUUAGAUUAUAUAACAAUCAAAUGAAAUAUCAAUCAAAUAAGCAAUUAGAUUUAUUCAAAGAUCAAAAGAAUGGAAGACAAUAUUUCCACUUUAAAAAAUUUGA